AGCCAGAGAAUGCAAAAAGGCGAACAGUACAAGGGCAAUGCAAAUAUUAAAACAUCACGAGCACGGGUUGAGACAUCGCUAGCACGGGUUGAGACACCGCUAGCACGGGUUGAGACAUCGCUAGCACGGGUUGAGACAUCGCUAGCACGGGUUGAGACAUCGCUAGCACUAGUUGAGACAUCACUAGCACGGGUUGAGACAUUGCUAGCACGGGUUGAGACAUCGCUAGCACGGGUUGAGACAUCGCUAGCACGGGUUGAGACAUCGCUAGCACGGGUUGAGACAUCGCUAGCACGGGUUGAGACAUCGCUAGCACGGGUUGAGGCAUCACUAGCAUGGAUUGAGACAUCGCUAGCACGGGUUGAGACAUCGCUAGCACGGGUUGAGGCAUCGCUAGCACGGAUUGAGACAUCGCUAGCACGGGUUGAGACAUCGCUAGCACGGGUUGAGACAUCACUAGCACGGGUUGAGACAUCACUAGCACGGGUUGAGACAUCGAUAGCACGGAUUGAGACAUCGCUAGCACGGUUUGAGACAUCACUAGCACGGGUUGAGACAUCACUAGCACGGGUUGAGACAUCGCUCGCACGGGUUGAGACACCACUAGCACGGGUUGAGACAUCACUAGCACGGGUUGAGACAUCGCUAGCACGGGUUGAGACAUCACUAGCACGGGUUGAGACAUCACUAACACGGGUUGAGACAUCACUAGCACGGGUUGAGACAUCACUAGCACGGGUUGAGACAUCACUAGCAUGGGUUGAGACAUCACUAGCACGGGUUGCGACAUCGCUAGCCAGGGUUGAGACAUCACUAGCACGGGUUGAGACAUCACUAGCACGGGUUGAGACAUCACUAGCACGGGUUGAGACAUCACUAGCACGGGUUGAGACAUCACUAGCACGGGUUGAGACAUCACUAGCACGGGUUGAGACAUCACUACCACGGGUUGAUACAUCACUAGCACGGGUUGAGACAUCGCUAGCACGGGUUGAGACAUCACUAGCACGGUUUGAGACAUCGCUAGUACGGGUUUAGACAUCGCUAGCACGGGUUGAGACAUCGCUAGCACGGGUUGAGACAUCGCUAGCCAGGGUUGAGACAUCACUAGCACGGGUUGAGACAUCACUAGCACGGGUUGAGACAUCACUAGCACGGGUUGAGACAUGACUAGCACGGGUUGAGGCAUCGCUAGCACGGAUUGAGACAUCACUAGCACGGGUUGAGACAUCGCUAGCACGGGUUGAGACAUCGCUAGCACGGGUUGAGACAUCGCUAGCACGGGUUGAGACAUCGCUAGCACGGGUUGAGACAUCGCUAGCACGGGUUGAGACAUCGCUAGCACGGGUUGAGACAUCGCUAGCACGGGUUGAGACAUCACUAGCACGGGUUGAGACAUUACUAGCACGGUUUGAGACAUCAAUAGCACGGGUUGAGAAAUCACUAGCACGGGUUGAGACAUCGCUAGCACGAGUUGAGACAUCACUAGCACGGGUUGAGACAUCGCUAGCACGGGUUGAGACAUCGCUAGCAAGGGUUGAGACAUCACUAGCACGGGUUGAGACAUCGCUAGCACGGGUUGAGACAUCGCUAGCACGGGUUGAGACAUCGCUAGCACGGGUUGAGACAUCGCUAGCACGGGUUGAGACAUCGCUAGUACGGGUUGAGACAUCGCUAGCACGGGUUGCGACAUCGCUAGCACGGGUUGAGACAUCGCUAGCACGGGUUGAGACAUCGCUAGCACGGAUUGAGACAUCGCUAGUACGGGUUGAGACAUCGCUAGCACGGGUUGAGACAUCGCUAGCACGGGUUGAGACAUCGCUAGCACGGGUUGAG